AGAGAGAGAAAGAGAGAGAGAGGGGGAGAGAGAGGCAGCCACGGACAGAGAGUGAGAAAAGAGCCGCGGAGAGGAAGAAAAGACUGUCAAGAGAACCUGAUCUUACUUCGUCUUGGAAGCUGAGGACCUGAACUCAAAAUCUGUGAAUAAAACAGGCAAACAGACAACAGUGUGACCUCUGUGACUGGACAGUCUCCCAACACCGCUCACACUUGGUUCAGGACAGGAGGAGGAGGUCGGCCCGUUCAACAUGAAUGUCACCUCGCUCUUCUCCUUCACCAGCCCAGCUGUCAAACGGCUGCUGGGUUGGAAGCAGGGAGACGAGGAAGAGAAAUGGGCAGAGAAGGCCGUGGACGCUCUCGUUAAGAAACUGAAAAAGAAGAAGGGAGCCAUGGAGGAGCUGGAGCGGGCUCUCAGUUGCCCGGGCCAGCCCAGUAACUGCGUGACAAUCCCUCGCUCGCUGGAUGGGAGGCUGCAAGUGUCCCACAGGAAAGGCCUGCCUCAUGUCAUUUACUGCCGGGUGUGGCGCUGGCCUGACCUGCAGUCCCAUCAUGAGCUGAAGGCGCUGGAGUGCUGCGAGUACCCGUUCGGCUCCAAACAGAAGGAUGUGUGCAUCAACCCAUACCACUACAAACGAGUGGACAGUCCAGUGCUGCCUCCUGUCUUGGUACCAAGGAACAGCGAGUUCAACGCCAAGCAUACGAUGCUACCUCGCUUCCGCAACCCUCUGCAGCAGAACGAGCCACACAUGCCUCAGAACGCCACCUUCCCGGAGUCCUUUCCUCAGGCCAACACUUUGCCUUUCCCUCACUCGCCGGGAAACAGCUACCCAAACUCGCCCGGCAGCGGCAGCAGCGCCACCUUCCCGCAUUCACCAUCCAGCUCCGACCCCGGCAGCCCAUUCCAGAUGCCAGAGACACCCCCGCCUGCCUACAUGCCCCCAGAGGAGCAGAUGACUCAGGAUUGCCCCCAGCCAAUGGACACCAACCUCAUGGCUCCACCCUUGCCCCUAGAGACUAACAACCGGCCAGUUAACCAUGACAAUGUGCAGCCCGUGGCCUACGAGGAACCCAAGCACUGGUGCUCUAUUGUUUACUACGAGCUCAACAAUCGCGUCGGGGAGGCCUUCCAGGCUUCCUCCACCAGCGUGCUCGUCGAUGGCUUCACGGAUCCCUCCAACAACCGCAACCGAUUCUGUCUGGGCCUGCUCUCCAACGUUAACCGCAACUCCACCAUCGAGAACACCCGGCGGCACAUCGGCAAAGGUGUCCACCUGUACUACGUCGGAGGGGAGGUGUAUGCAGAGUGCCUGAGUGACAGCAGCAUCUUCGUCCAGAGUCGCAACUGUAACUAUCACCACGGCUUCCAUCCCACGACUGUCUGUAAGAUUCCCAGCGGCUGCAGCCUCAAGAUUUUCAACAACCAGGAGUUUGCUGAGCUGCUGGCCCAGUCCGUCAACCACGGCUUCGAGGCCGUGUACGAGCUCACCAAGAUGUGCACCAUCCGCAUGAGCUUUGUUAAGGGCUGGGGAGCAGAAUACCACCGCCAAGAUGUGACCAGCACACCCUGUUGGAUUGAGAUUCACCUGCACGGUCCUCUGCAGUGGUUAGAUAAGGUGCUAACCCAGAUGGGCUCCCCCCACAACCCUAUAUCCUCGGUCUCCUAGGCUUCACUGUCCUCAGCCCUGUGGCUGUCCAUACCCCAGCAUUUUGGUCUAAGUAGCAAGAACAGGGGCUGCCCCGGUCCCACACUGGUUUGUGGCGUCGUCAUGAGUCCACCGAGAAGGCUGCAUGACUGAAACACAAACUGAUCUGGGACCUGUAAGGUUGGGCGGGUUGUUAAAUGGGUAGGUUUGUUUUCUACUUGAAGGACGUCUGAAUUGGGCACAUUUACAGACUGGGAGAGGAGUAAAGCAAAGUGAGCGUGAUGCAACUGGAAGAUACUUGAUCUUUGUGACCAACUGUAAUAAUUAGACCAUCACACUCAUCAUGACGCAGAAAUCCUCUCUGAUGUUGUUCCCACAACUUUUCUUUGUCACUGUUCUAUCAUUCUGACUCAUAACUAGUUUGCAUCCCUUGGAAAAUAUUCCCUCCAAAACGUCCAGAUAUACAUGUGUAGUUACAAUAAUUACGGGACAUUCCAAGUCGCCGAAAUUGCAGUUGCCUGCUAUUUUGUGUCUGACUGCUCCGAGGUUGACAUGAAAUGUUCUUAUGAGACACUCAAAGUUAGCGGGGACUUGGAGGACGACCAGCUCGACUCAUCUUCAGACACUUAAAAGUCAAUUUCUCAAAAACGGUUAUGUUUAGGUCAAUAAAUUGAAGCCGUUUGAAGUUAUUCUAACGUCAGAUUAAAAUCCCGUAUCACAGAUAAUAAAUAGUUUGAGGGUAACUUUAGGGGGCGUUUGAGCGUUUAGGGUGGGGUUCGUCGUGGGGCAUGGCACUAAAAGGGCAUUUCAGACAUAAAGUUUUAAGUGUUGCUCAUCUCGUGUUACACUUGUGUUUCAAAUGAAUUUUAAGAAAAAAAUAAAUAGUGUUUAGGUAUAUUCACUAUUAGAAUAUGUGCUGUGCAGUCUGGUUUUGCAAAGCAUAGUUUGGUUAGUGUAGUGUUACACAUUUACGUCGGGUAGCUGAACAUGACAUGGAGGGGCAGUACAGUCUAGUUUGUCCCUCGCUGUUCGCUCUGCAGCUGAAACAGAUGUGUGUGGAGUCGCGUUGAGGACAUUAAUAUUUCAGUGACUGUGCCUCGUUCUCUCGAUUACAUGAGCAAAAAAAUGACUGUUAUGGGAAAAUGUUGAGCAUUCAAAUUUUAAUUGUUGGCUGAGAAAAGGGCGUCAGUUACUGAUGACUAUGAUUUUUUUUUUUUUUUUUAAUGCAGAUUUUGCCAUUAAAACCUUCUACGCUUCGAGCAAUCCUCUUUGCUAUGAAACUGUUAUACUCUUGACAUUCUUUUUGUAUUUUUUGAAGAUGUUUUUUUGUUUUGUCUGCACUUUCACAUGUUGCCUCUUUGUUUUUCUUCCCCCCCUCGCUCCCUCUUUCUGUUUUUGCUCACUAAAACUCCCAGAAAGCAGUUUUAUUCCAUGAAUAUCAAGUCUCUACUGGAAGAUUCAAUAAAUUUGUUUUAUUACUUGCAA